AUGGUUACUCUGGCCGCUCCAGGAGUCGGAUAUGACACGUCCACGAGUCUCCUGUCCUGGAAAGAUGGACGUGACCGAAUUAUAUCAACCACCCCGGAUGACAUGUCAAGCGGGUGUCUGAAGUUCGUUCGAUGGGACGCUGUAUACUACACACACCUGUCAGACCAAGGACACGUUUUUGAGCAGGAGUGGGCUUUCGGCAUUGGUCAAUCGACCGCGAUAUCCUGGACCAGCAGGUGUCUUUCCCAACUGGGGAUAACCUCCGACCCGCCUUCAUUGCUGGCAGGUAUAUUGUUGUCACACAUCGCCCACUGGCUGUCUGUUAUCCAGCUGUGGGCGUUGACAAAAGUUCUCACGGGGGCCGACCAAGCUACCAACUCUCCGCUACCUUUCGCCGCUGCAGCACUCCAUAUCCUCUCGCCGGCAGGAGUGUUUCUUGCCGCCCCCCAGUCAGAAAGCCUCUUUGCUUUUCUCUCCAUCUCUGGUUUCCUGGGAUACAUGCACGCAACCCAGCAUUUUCACAGAGGCCUGGUGUUAGCCGGCUGUGCCACCAUGAUCUGCGUCGGCAUGUCUUUCAGUACUGCCACCAUGGUCCGGAGCAAUGGCAUCUUGGCCGGAAUACCCUUCCUCAUCGAAGCCAGCUCCACCGUCAUGGCAAUUUUCUUUCGGGGCCUGUCAGCUUCGCGACUCAGCCGACUGGCCUCGGUCGUUGUUGGUGGUCUCCUGGUGGCAUUUGGGAUGGUGUAUCCGCAAGCACGGGCGUAUUGGGAAUACUGCUAUGGCCACGGUGCUGAAGAUAAGAGAUCCUGGUGCAAUCAGACAGUACCGUCCAUAUUCACCUGGGUCCAGUCUCAUUACUGGAAUGUCGGCCCGUUUCGCUACUGGACUGUGUCAAAUUUGCCGCUGUUUCUCUUGGCCGCACCUUCGCUCUGGAUUCUAAUCUACUCCGCCGUGGAUAUCGUUCGACACCCUCGACUUCUCAUCCGAGACGCGCAGCAGUCACCGACACCAGCUUCUGCUGGGGAACGCGUAUUGCUCAGCCUGGCCCUGCCACAACUUAUACUUGCACUCCUUGCAUUGACAAGCUAUCAUGUACAAAUCAUCACGAGGCUAUCUUCUGGCUAUCCAUUGUGGUACAUAUGGUUAGCGACCAAGCUUCAAACGGAGUCGAAGCGAACUUCAGUAGUGAUUCGGUGGAUGGUGAUCUAUGCUCUGAUUCAAGCUGGCCUAUAUGCAUCAUUUCUGCCUCCGGCUUGA